GUGCUUGUGGGAGUGCGCGCGUUUUCUCGAUUGUCAGUGUCAAGUCAAGAAAUUCAUAUCGUUUUAGUUUCUAUUUUAUUAUUUGGAUUUGUAAUUAAAUAUGCAAUUAAUACAAGUUUAACUAUCUUUAACCUACUUUUCAAACUAUCACUGUGUUAUCUCUUAAAUAUCACAGUGAAUACCUAAUACCGAUCUUCGUUUUAAAAUAAUUAUCACUCAAUAAUGAGUAACUCCGCAAUAGAUAAUACUUGGACUAAAGAUUUAAGAGAAACUCUCAAUGACAAACGCAAAGCAACAAAAGAAAGGGUAUUGUCACAGUCGGACAGCAGCAGAGAAAAUUCACGCAGUAGGAAAAGGGCAAAACCCAAUGAGAAAGCAGGCGCUGAAACAAGAGCAAGUAAACCAAAGAAGCCUGUUGAACUAGAGACUGACCCAUUAAUGUUGCAAAGAAGACAGAAACAAAUUGACUAUGGAAAAAACACAACUGGCUACCAUAACUAUUUGCAGCAUGUACCCCUAGACAAGCGCACUAAGGAUGACCCAAAGACCCCUGAUAAAUAUUCAAAAUACAGCCGCAGGUCAUGGGACCAAUUGAUCAAGAUAUGGAGGUUGAAGUUACAUGAGUAUGAUACUGAUGGAGCCAAGUCAAUCACUGGGUCUAACUCUGGCUCUGUUGCUGGUUCCACUACUUAUUCUGAUGAAGAAGAUGAGGAAGAGGGUCAUAAUGAUGAGCAAUAGAUAUUUUAGUUGUAAUUAGGCAUAGUAGUUCUUAUAACACUAUACAAUAUCUGCAAGACAUGCUGUUGAAAUACAGGAUGUAUUCCCAUUUGUCCCUGCUGGGCACAGAUGGGAAUAGUUGCAUUCAUACGAAAUGAAAUGAAUGAGAAAAUAUGCCGAAUACUGAAUAUUAAUUCAGCCACAGAUUAAUAAAUAGUGAUUCAGCCCAUCUCUAGAAUACACCAAGUUCAGGUGAAUCCAGAUCUGGCUCUUGCACUGCACACAGCAUAAGGUACAUUCUACAUGCAUAAGAGUAAUUUGCCAAUUUUGUACUAGACUAGUAGCAUUUCGCCAGAUCUGGUUGCACAUUCAAGAUCAAAAAUGCACCUACAUGUCUCAAAGCCAUUAUUGACAUCGUUAAAUGUUUGUUUCAUUGCUAUAGCUAUUCAUAACUUAGUUAUGUUUGGUUAUAACUAUCUAGACUAGAGGUAUACAAAGACAAACAUGACAUGACACACUGUCCUGUGACCUGUUUAUGCACACAAUAUUGUACUGCUUAUAUUACAUGAUAAGCAGGACUUUAUUGUUGGCUGGUGCUGCUCCCAUAAAUUAACUGUGCACCUCUUACAACAGCAAGCAAGAGUGAACAGAACAUAACUACUAUUACCUUUUUAACCUCUCAUGAACAUGGAUCCAUGCAAUAAGUAUUAAUUUAAUAUUUUUUUUAUUUAAUUAAAGCUUAAUACCUACUAAGGCUACUAACAUGGAUAUGAAAGGAAUACACUUGAAGAGUGAAGGGGGAAAACAAUGACGGACUAUUUUACCAUGUUAGGAUACAGAACAGUUUUUAACUUUGCAUAGAAAUUAGUAAACGAGUUGGAUUACCUAACCUAUUUCGUAAAUUUAUUUAAAAAUAACUUGUUUCAAAUUUUAGGUAUCUAUGUCAAACGGUCUCUGAGAAAAACGCAUUUAACUGAUUUGCAAGACCGAGUGAUCCCAUAAGUGUUCCGUUUGUCAAAAAAAGUUUUGCACGGAACACUAAAAAUGGGCUCUUAUUAUUUAUUUAAGUUAUUCAAUAUUAUUGACAUAUUUUUUGUAACAAUUAGGUGCAUUUAGACAACUUCAUUUCUUGUACAGAAAUAUGAAAUCUUCGAUGACCUAAGGAAGAUAUGGGGGUAGGGCACAUUACUUGGUUAUUGGCCCUAGGACCAAAAUAUAGGUUAUUCUAGUGUCCGACCGAAAUCGGAUUUUUUGCCGAAACGUGAGAGUUCGGUUUUGCUAUUUUCGGCCGAAACCAAAACUGGUUGGACAUUAGUUUAUUCUACCUAUGUUUGACAGAUUUUCGCCUCUGUAGCUCUGAAUACAGUAACAAAUAUACCUAUCUUUAUAGAGAAUAAGUGCCUACAAUGGCUAUAAUGCUGUUUACCCUAGUAGUAAGCUAUAUGUAUUUGAUAUGACUGAUAUUUAUGUUUCAUAAGAAUUAGUUAUUUGAUAAAAAAAAUGUAAAUCCUGUUGAUUUAAAAAAAUGCUUGUCAUAUCAUAUUGUCAAUGUAUAGAAAAUUGUGUUUUACUUGGCAGCAAUAGUUCGAUUUUGGAAUAUUAUGUCGCUUGCUCAAGUCUCAAUUUAAGCAUAAGGAGUAAACAACCAUUUUGCUUCCUUGCAUAAUGGAAAACUUUACCAUGGGUACACGGUAACAAAGCGGAUGAACCACUGAUGAAUGAUGACCGUGUUAUUAGUUAUCCUAAUUAUGCUACAAAAUGAUGAUUUUUGUAUUGUCAUAUAUGGGUAUAAUCAUGCUACCCUAACUAGGUACUUGAAGUAUUUACAUAUUAUUAGUGGUAUAAACUGAUGUAAAACUACGUUCUAAUAAAACAAAUUAUGCAA